GUCCCAGUCGCAGGCAUGCAAGCACUGACCACCUUGUCUUCUUCCCCUCCUGCAGUGACAUCUCCAUGCAAGAUCCUCAAGUGCAACUCUGAGUUCUGGGCAGCCACAUCGGGCUCCCACCACCUGGGCACGGAAGAAGCGCCCGAAUUCUGCACGGCGCUGCGCGCCUACGCGCACUGCACCCGCCGCACCGCCCGCACUUGCAGGGGCGACCUGGCCUACCACUCCGCCGCGCAUGGCAUAGACGAUCUCAUGGCGCAACACAACUGCUCCAAGGAUGGCCCCACGUCCCAGCCCCGCCUCCGGACAUUGCCCCCCGGGGACAGCCAGGAGCGCUCCGAUAGCCCCGAAAUCUGCCACUAUGAGAAGAGUUUUCACAAACACUCAGCCGCCCCCAACUAUACCCACUGCGGGCUCUUCGGGGACCCGCACCUCAGGACUUUCACAGACACUUUCCAAACCUGCAAGGUGCAAGGGGCUUGGCCGCUGAUAGACAAUAACUACCUGAACGUCCAGGUCACCAACACGCCAGUGUUGCCUGGCUCCACGGCCACCGCCACCAGCAAGCUCACCAUCAUCUUCAAGAGCUUCCAGGAGUGUGUGGACCAGAAAGUGUACCAGGCAGAGAUGGACGAGCUCCCUGCUGCCUUUGCUGAUGGCUCCAAGAACGGUGGGGACAAACACGGAGCCAACAGCCUGAAGAUCACCGAGAAGGUGUCGGGCCAGCACAUCGAGAUCCAGGCGAAGUACAUUGGCACCACCAUCGUGGUGAGGCAGGUGGGCCGGUACCUCACCUUCGCCGUGCGCAUGCCGGAGGAGGUGGUCAAUGCCGUGGAGGACCGGGACAGUCAGGGCCUCUACCUGUGCCUCCGCGGUUGUCCGCUCAACCAACAGAUUGACUUCCAGACCAUCCGCUCGGCUCAGGCCACAGAGGGUCGUGCUCGUAGGAAGGGACCCAGCCUGCCAGCCUCCCCCGAGGCCUUCACGUACGAAACGGCCACGGCCAAAUGCAGGGAAAAGCUGCCCGUGGAGGACCUCUACUUUCAGUCCUGCGUCUUCGACCUCCUCACCACAGGGGACGUCAACUUCAUGCUGGCUGCUUACUAUGCCUUUGAGGACGUGAAGAUGCUUCACUCCAACAAAGACAAGCUGCACCUCUAUGAACGGACACGGGACCUGGCCCCGGGCAACAUGGCUCCCUCAGGGACCCCCCCUGCCCUCUGGGUAGCACUGCUGUGUUUGAGUCAGAGUUGGUUGUGUUUGUUAUAGAGGCUUGCUCCUUCACAUCAUGGAGAGUGGGGAAUGGGGAGCAGGAGGGAACCAGGGAGGAGAUGGCAGUGCUGGACAAUGGGAGGUUGGAUGUCAGAGCUGCGUGGCUUGUCCUCAAACAUCAGCCCCUCUCUUUUCGCACCAGGUCCUCCACCUUCCCAGUUCUUGCCUGGGAGGAACGUGCUGCCAGUGGGACCAGUCAGGAGUUUUUGCUGGACUGUACCUUGUCUGGACCUUCCUCACCUCCUGCUCUCCUCCUCCUCCUCCCAGUAGUGUGGGUCCUGAGGAGACCCCACCUCCUUGUAGCGCUUCCCCCAGGUCCCCAAAAAUGCACAUGGUGAGUGUGACAUUGGUGUGCAUGAACGUGGCUUUGUCCUUGGAGAGCAGAAGGGCACCGACCAGUGAGACAGGGCCGAGCCUGGCCAGCACAACAGGGCUGGGCUCUCUGCUCAGCAGGGCCGUGCUCUGCUUUUUGGGCAUGUCCCACUCUUCCCACAGUCCCGUUGUUGCAGGAAGUGGUGCAAGGGGCCAAAGUGGGGAAUGGUCCCACGCUUGCCUGGCCACUGGUGCCAGGCGUCUUCUGGGUGGAAGGAGGACACGUUCCUCAAGCCUCGGCUUGCACUUGCUGUGGUUCAAAGGGCAUCUUCUAUUUUAGCCAGUUCAUUCGGCUGAUUCACUCAGUAGUUUUAUUUCUGGCUCCCUUGUCUCUGCCCGGACCCACUGAGGACUCUUGAAGGCAACGGGAGAAACAUGGCCAGUAUUCAAGCGGUUUCUGCAACUUCUGCCCAGCGUUGGAUGAGUUCCUUGCACCAUUUGCUCUCCAGUCCCCUAAAACUGGCAGCGGGGAGGCUGCUCGAUGGGAGACCUGAUCUGCACCUCCCUCCAGCCCUGCACCCACUCGUCUGCCCGUGGCUCGGCCGGGCCCUGGGAUGGAGCAGGAGCGUCGCGCUCUGUUUGUUUGCUGCUAGGUCUCUGCUCCGCUCCUCAUCCUGGGGCCGCGACUUGCAACCCCAUUGCAGACCAGUUGCACCUUAAGCCCUUCUGGGCUUGAAUCGGAAAUGGGGCAAUGUUACAAAUCCAGCCAGGAGAUGGGAUGCAGCAGAGGACCCCCCCCAACUGCCUCCAAAUGUCUGUUCCCUGCCUCGAAACCAUCAGUAGUCUUCCCCCACCACAUAGUGCUGCCCAUCUCCUUCUCUCCAUGUUCCUCUGUGGUUCACCUCAUCGCUUACCGAACAAACAGCAAGACCAUCUUUGGUCUGCAUCUUAGAGACCUCCUGAUGGGCUUCCCCUCCUUUCCUCAGGGGGAGGUUCCCAGAAAGAAGCCCCAAAACAUGUCACUCCUGGGGGCACCUCCUUCUCUCAAAGGAGGUCUCUGGGCAUGAUGAGACAAGCUAGCACCAAAAGAGGUGGGAACAGGCUGUGUUUGGCAAUCUGAACUGGUGCCAAGAGGCAGCCUGGUGUAAAUACUCAACGUGACUAUUCAUUGUGUCCUAACAGCUCUAGAGCUCCAUUUGUAAAGCAGCAGAGAAAUGCAAAAUUGUGUUAAUGGAUGUAAUUUAUAUUGUCUCUUUAAUAUAUAGAGCCCUGGCAUUGAUCUCGUGUGACUGUACAGAUGAAGAGAUGUAAUUGGUUUUUAAAUGUUUAAGGAAAGAAAAGAAACAAAAAGAUGUGUUUACUACUUUGCUCCUUGCUUUGUUUGCUGGUGCCCCAGGUAUUCUGUUUAGGGAGGGUUUGAAAUAAGGGUAUCACAGUUUGGAGGCACCAAGGAGAGCAACCACUGGACUGUGGCACAGGACAGUUUAGUUUCCCAAUGCACUAAUUGCUCAGCCAAGCUGAUUUGGACUUUUUCUUUCCUUUGUUCAAGAAAGAACCAAGUUUUUGUCUUCCCUAGAAAAUCAAAGCGCAAGUUUUGAAAACUAAUAUUUGUCACUGGUUAAGAGGGAACAUUUAUUUUUUGCUGUGUUGUUUAGUCUGGAGAAGAGGAGGCUGAGGGGAGACCUCAUCACCCUCUACAGCUACCCGAA